AAUUGCUGCCCCGGUAAUCGUUGUCAAGUGUUAACCCCUCAGCAAAACCUGAUUCUAUCUGGAACCUGCGUGAAUUCAAAUUUUCAAUCCAAUGUCUUGCUUGUAUCGACUCAAACACUAGAAUCCCUUCUGCGAGUAUAUAUGGCAUAGAUCAAAGUGCUGUCUAAGAGCAAUUCCCUUUUGUGAGUUGUGAGGUAAAUCGCAUUUGUACUUUUGCUGGGUAGUUUCAGGCAUAUGACAUUUGUAUUCGGGUGAGUUUGGUUUUGAAGAUAGAUUGCAUUUUGUGAGUUGUGAGGUGGAAGCUCAGGGAAGACGAGGCCGCACACGAACAUGUUUGAAUAUCUUCUCAAACUUCGCGGGCCCUAUUUAUCAACCCGCCAAAGCUCGCUCUUAUACUGUCGCUGCUUCUCAUAUGCUGCCCAGAAUAAGAGGAUGGAAGCUUCAGAUAGAGGGACUUCAAGCUUAAUUCACCCCAGUUCGAUUGUUCAUCCCGAUGCCAUCAUUGGCGAGGGGGUUUCCGUAGGACCUUUUUGUUCUGUGAGUUCCUCCGCAAAGCUUGGCAAUUUUUGUAAGCUAUAUCCAGGAAGCCAUAUUUUUGGAAGUACUGAAUUGGGAAACAACUGUACUUUGAUGACCGGUGCAGUUGUUGGUGACGAUCUUCCUGGAUGUACCAUCAUCGGAAGAAAUAAUAUAAUAGGGUAUCAUGCUGUAAUUGGUGUGAAAUGUCAAGACUUGAAAUAUAAGCCAGAGGAUGAAUGUUUCCUGGAAGUUGGUGACAACAAUGAUAUUAGGGAACAUACUUCAAUCCACCGAUCUUCAAAGUCAACUGAUAGGACCGUUAUUGGGAAUAACAAUCUCAUCAUGGGAUCUUGUCAUAUUGCUCAUGAUUGCAUAAUUGGUAACGACAAUAUUUUUGCAAAUAAUACUCUUCUAGCUGGGCAUGUCGUAGUUGAGGACUAUAUUCACACUGCAGGUGCUGUCGUCGUUCACCAAUUCUGCCAUGUUGGCUCCUACUCUUUUCUUGGUGGUGGUUCUGUGGUUUCACAAGAUGUCCCCAGAUACAUGAUGGUGUCUGGAGAAAGAGCUGAACUUCGUGGUCUAAAUGUAGUGGGCCUUACUCGACGUGGAUUCAGCAAUGCAGAGAUCAGAGGCCUUAGAACAGCUUAUCGAAAGAUAUUCAUGCCCUCGUAUGCAAAUGCUAGGUCCUUUGAAGAAAGGCUUACUGAUGUGGAGAAGCGUGAAGAAUUGACUCACUUUCCUGCUGUGCGUACAAUGUUGAAAUCUAUCCGUGAUUCUUUUGUAGAAGAUCGACGCGGAAUAUGCAAGUUCAGAGACUUGAUUAGCUCUUGAAGCAUGAUAGAGGGAGCAUACACAUACACAGAUAUACCAAGGGGUUCUGCGCCACUCUUCCUGUUUCAUUACAUGCUUUACUUAUAAAUACUCUGCUUGCCAUCCCCAUUUAACAAGGACUUCUUGUGUCAAGGAAAUCAACUUGUGAUUAGAAUACUAUAUUACAUAAUUGUGUUUAGUGUAAAGA